AUGUUCUGGGCUCUCUUCGUCGUCGGCCACGACUGUGGUCAUGGAAGCUUCUCGGACAGCCGCAGUCUCAACGACAUCGUUGGCCAUCUCAGCCACGCGUUCAUCCUCGUGCCUUACCACGGGUGGAGGAUAAGCCAUCGCACACACCACGCUAACCAUGGCCACGUCGAGAACGACGAGUCCUGGUAUCCGAUUACGAAGGAGGUUUACGAGCAAAUGGACCUUGGGUCCAAACUCGCGAGGUUCAAAUUCCCGUUUCCCCUCGUCGCCUUUCCGUUUUACCUGUGGUUGCGCACUCCAGGAAAGAAGGGAUCUCACUUCGACCCCAAGUGCGACCUGUUCACGGAGGCCGAAUACAACGACGUUGUCACCUCGGCAACGUGGUGGUGGGGCAUGGUCGCUCUCCUGGCCGCUCUUUCUGUCGCGUUCGGCCCCCUCGUCAUGUUCAAGCUCUACUUCAUGCCGUACUGGAUUAACGUGAUGUGGCUCGACUUGGUUACCUAUCUUCAUCACCAUGGCUACGAUAAGAAGGUCCCCUGGUACAGGGGCAAGGAAUGGUCAUACCUGAGGGGAGGCCUGUCAACUAUUGACAGAGACUAUGGAAUCUUCAACAAGAUUCAUCAUGACAUUGGAACUCACGUGGUGCAUCAUCUGUUCCCCCAAAUCCCCCAUUACAACCUGACAGAAGCGACGGCGGCUAUCAAACCCAUUCUUGGGAACUACUAUCGUGAACCAGAGCCAUGCAAGGGCCCCUUCCCCUUCCAUCUUCUGGAGCCUUUGGUAAAGUCAUUUGACGUCAGAGGCUUGAUCUACGAACCUGUUUGA